AUGGUUCAUUAUGAGCAAAGAAAGCCACGGCUGGUGCUUAGAAACGCACCGGCUGGAGAAGGUGAUCCUCCAAGGUUGGUAUUAAGGCAACAAAGAGAGGAGCAACCAUUUCCAAAUGGCAACAAUACAACAAAUAUACCGUUGCAAAUGGCGUACAUUCAACAACCUUAUCAUGGUUCUUUCCACAAUGUGGUCCCUGGCACUCUACCAUAUGCAACCUUCCAACAUCAGUUGCCAAUGACAUAUAACGUUCCGCUGAACAUGAAUAUGGCUGCUGGUCAUGUAGCAUUACAGACAGUCAACACGAGGACUCAUCAUCAUAACAUAGAUGUCCAAGGUAACCGGGGUCCUGAAAAUGGCGAUGGAAUAUAUGCUGAGUGCGCCCCUGUUCUCGAGGAACGUCGAGACGAGAAUACCGGGAGAGUUUCCCCCCGAGUUGCUUUACGCACUAUGAUGCAGCAAACUUUAAGACCGAAUACACAACCUGAGAAAUUUGGACGCCAAACACAUUACACUCAACAUUCGCACUACCCACGAGAUGCUUUGCACCUCAGUUCAAGCGGCACCAGCGUGGGAUCUGAUAUUUCAAUUUGUCCUCCGAUUGACAGAGGCCUUGAGGCCAAUAUUCGAGAACAGCUUGCUCGUUCCGGUCUUCUCCGAGAUUGUCCGGAUCCAGAAUACAUUAACAAACCAAUGGCGGUUGAUCCUUCAAUUAUCUCAUGUGGAAGAGCCUUGAAGCAACUCGGGCCAAUGCAUCAUCGCAGACCCCAGUAUCUCUUCGGUCGAACUCAGCCAUGUGAAGAAUUUAGAUUAAACAGAGAGUUUACGCGAGCACCUCCUGCGAACAGCAACUCGCCCCAAAAGUUUCGGAGAAAUACUGGAAUCUCAACUCAAAAAGCUAGUCCGCAGUCGAAUAUCCCUCAGAUUCAGACGUACAGAGGUGUUGAUUCAGUGAUCAAAGAGCCAAAAAGAAAAGAUAGCCCUCAGUCAUACAAGGUUGAAACAGGAUCAAAAUUCUUGACGAAAGAUGAUUACACUCCUACCAAGAGAAUCAUUGGCUACUAUGUGGAUUCUUUGAGCGACAGUCCUAAAUCUGCUCAGAAACUUCCAAUCGAGCCUCUCAGCAUUCAGGAGGAGACAACGCCGAGAGCUCCUAGGCAAGCUGUCAAGAAUCGUUUAGGUGGUGCUUCGGAACCAGAAAUGACACAGCCUCCCAUUAGAGAAGGAAAAGACAAAGUCAACAUGAGUGAAGACAUAUCCAAGAUGUCGGGUCCUUCUGCAGAAGCCGUUGCUGAGGAACCUCUCAAGCUGAUCAAGUCUAUCGACAAAUAUACUGUUAAUCCAAAAGAUUAUGUCCACGUCGCAACGCGAGAACUGUCAAACGAAGAAACAACUGAAAGCCCGGACGGCAAGAAAGCGGGAGAUUUACUUGAGGAUUGUAUUAGGUCCCUUGCUACGUGGGAAAAGGGUGACCGGGAAGUUCUUCAUAAGCUUUUGAAGGUUUUGAAAAGACUUGACGAUGGUGGUGACGAUGGUUUCAAGUCUAUCGAGAAUUUGAAGAUUGCUCACGACACUAAGCGCAGCCCGAGAAAGAAGAGGGGUUCCAGCAACAGUCUCAACCCUGAGGCAGCAUGCUUCGAAGACUUUACGUCUGAAAGAGCUCAUAUUACACGUACUCAGUAUGAACGGCCAAGUCCGUUUUGGAAGGAAGAGAUUAACCCAACCUCCAAUGAAAUGUUACCAAUGUUUUACCCGAAGCCACUUAUGGCAGCAGAACCGGUUUGGAUCAAGACCCAACCAAAAAAGCUCGUACUACCACCUCCAGGUCUCUCUAUUCCACGCGAAGCACAUGUUGGUCGUAAAGUGCCAGUCAAAACGACACUGAAGCAGCCCUUAAAUGAGGAUGAUGAAGGAAGAACGGCCAAAGCUAUGGACCUUCGUCUAGCAGCGCCACUUCUUGCUCGGUUUUACGAAAAGUACCCGUUGACUGGUACGAUAUGCACCAAUCCGCCUUUGCCCGCCCCGGCUGCUGUGAAGAGUGCCGCGGAGAUUCAAGAGGAGCUUGAACGUCUAUUGUUGCAAGAAAAGGAGAAAAAGGCAUUUGCAAAUCCUUCUGCUAUUAAGCCUCGUGCACCAAGGGGUGCCGCUGGGCUUUGA